UCAAUAAGAAAGUCUUUCUCUGAUUCCCAACCUCACAACCUCACAGUGGUAUCAAAGCCUUUUAUCUCUCACGAGUCCCCUGUUCCCAUGGCCAAUAAUGAUGAAACCCCCCAUUCGGUAACCUCCAAGAAUUCCAUUUUUCCAUCAUUGACUCCACCACUGCCAAGAAUCCCAUCUCAUUUAACUCCUAUGCUUUCCCAGUCAAACUCACACCAAACAACCACAUGUCAUGGAAGGCUCAAAUCUUGUCUCUCCUUAGGGGUUAUGAGCUCGAUGGCUUCAUUGAUGGAACUCAUCCUUGCCCAAUAGCAACUGAACCCACAUAUAGCUUCUGGGCACGCCAAGAUCAACUCUUGCACCAUGCCUUUCUCACCUCUAUUUCAGAAGCCAUAACCCCAUACAUAGCAGUUGCGACAAUAGCCCAACAAGCUUGGGAAACACUAGUUAAGCUCUACGCUAAUCGGUCUCAAACUCGCGUCAUUACCUUGAAGGAACGUCUUCAAACUAUGAAGCGUGAUGGUCACUCGUUCUCAGAAUAUCUUCGAUCCCUGAAAACAGUGGUUGAUGAGCUUGGGAGUGUUGAUCUUCCCCUCACUGAUGACGAUCUGACUGUGUACGUUCUCAAUGGAUUGGGACCAGGAUUUCGAGAGAUUGUUGCCUCUCUUCACACCCACGACUCCUCUCUGUCAUUUGAUGACUUACAUGACCGCUUAGUUGCUUAUGAGGAAAGCCUAAAGAGAGAUGACCUUCGGAUUAACUCUGCUCCGAUAACUGCUCAUUAUGCUAAUAUUCCUGGGCCCAGUCAUCUCAAAUGCCGUAAUCAAGGCUUACGAACUUCCAACAGGCCUGCUGGAUUAACUUGUCAAUUAUGCAAACUUGAUGGGCAUUUUGCAACUAAUUGUCCUAACUUUCGAGUUCAAGCUUUAAGACCUAUGGCUCAUGCUGCCUCUUCGUCUGCAGCCAUCCUUGACGACUGCCUACUCGACUCUAGUGCCAACCAUCAUGUUACCAUAGACUUGGCAAACUUGGCUCUUCACUAAGAAUAUAAUGGUCCUGAAGAG